AUGAUGCGUUAUCUUCUUCCCCUGGCUCUCCUUAUCGGAUCAGCCAACGCUUUCCGCGGAUUGCCAAGUCUUCCUGGAUAUCUCACUGCAUUUGGAUCAAGUGCAGGAACUUCAUCUGAAGAGCAAGGAAACGGACGAUUUUAUAGUCGCGGAUUGAGAGUGAAGACAUACCCAAGAACCUAUAAUGGAUUGGAGUCACUUACAGAACCAAAAGAGAAGGAUCCAGUGCUUGCUCAAAUUCGUCAAAACGUGCAAUUGGACAUUCAGAAGAUCAGUGACGAGGUUGGAUUGGUCUCCCGACAAAUCUCGGCCAUCUACAACAAUCACACGAUCAGCAACGAGGAGAGAAACAAUGCCAUUCAACUCUUGACUGAGAAACAUCCAAAGAUCGUGCCAGCUGUCCUCAACCUGAUCGGAAAACUUCAUAAGAUCAACACCAACAAUUACAACACCGCUCGUUAUAACAGAUUUUGA